CUAGGAAGAUUGCUUUAAAAAGGUCAUGAGUUACUGCUUUUGACCUGGUUUGGGGGGAGCAUGUAAAUUAUUGGAAGAACAUGAGAAAAUAAGUUUCUUUUAUUUUAAUUAUUUCAUUUGCCUUUGGCUGCUAGAUACAGAUUGCAUAAUCGCAGUUGUGGUAAAUGCAAGUAAAUUUUCUCUCCUUUGCGUUUAUCAGUCUUUAAAGUUGCUAUAAAUUGCCAUUUCAAACAGAGAAAAAGUAAACAUUACCUCCAUAGGUGAAUUAGUCCAUGUGACGCAGAGGGUUUCAGAGAAGAUUAAGUAGGCAGAGACGCUCGUUUCAAGCUCUGUCUGUCUGGGUUUUUUUAGUUAGUAGCAGAAAUUGUCCUGCAUGUAACCUUUAUCCGGCUGAAUUAGAAACCUCCAGUGUAUUUUGGUUGCUUUGUCAUUGUCUUUGCUGCUGUACUGAAGAAUGUCCUUACUCUCACCAGGAGAUGAAGAUGAACCAGAGCGUUUUGAUGGUCUUUCUCUCUUAUACUGGACUAUUAUGGGCCCUCAUGGAAUCAAUCGAGCUGUUCACCGCCUUUCUUUUUCUGAUUGUCAAAAUGGAUUAGGAGUUAAAAUUAUUGGAGGUUAUCGGGCACAAACAGCAGAAGAUUAUGGGAUUUUCAUAAAGAGAAUUCUACCUGGAGGGGUUGCUGCUGUAGAUAGCCGUUUGCUCACUGGCGACCUCAUUUUGGAUGUCAAUGGAGAAAACUUAAUUGGAGUAACCAAUGAAAGGGCUGUUGACAUCUUGCGAACAGCAUCAGCAUCUAAUCACAUGUCUCUGCUAGUUGCUAGAGAUGAAGAAGCAAAGAAAGAAUUUCACGACCUGAUGGAUAAGUAUGGCUCUCACAGUGACACCAACUCUGCAAGAAGUUCUCCAACACAACUGUUAGCUGCAAAAUCUAUAGACAGCCCUUCUUCUGGGUCAUCGUCAAGGUCACAGAGUCCUCAGUUGCAUCCGAAGGAUAAUAUCAGCAGAAAUAAUUCUGUCCCAGCACCAUCUCCAAAGCUUGCAAAGGAUAGCGCAUUUCAGAUAAUUUCUGUUUGCAAAGGAACAAGCCUAGGUUUGAAUAUCGUAGGAGGAAUUAACAGAAAUGAAGGGCCUUUGGUAUAUAUUCAAGAAAUUAUCCCUGGUGGUGAUUGUCAUAAGGAUGGACGAUUGAAGCCGGGAGAUCAACUUGUGUCCAUAAACAAAGAGUCAAUGAUUGGUGUCUCCUAUGAAGAGGCAAAAAGUAUAAUCAACAGAACAAAGAUGAGGUUUGAAAGUUUUUGGGAGAUAGCUUUUAUUAGACAAAAAAAUGUUCCCAGUUAUUCAGAGAAUCUGCAACGUCCUUCCAGCCUCUUAGCAUCUUCUGUAGCAUAUGGAGCGCAACAGGCUGCAGUUCUUAGUUCUCUCGCAUCUCCUAAUGGGAAGCUUGUUUCAACGUUCACUCCAAAUGCUAUGGAAACUGGAGUCAAGAUGGGAGAACAAUCUCCAAUUACUUCUCUAGACAGCAGUCCUACUGAUGUGUCUGCCACUGUUAUUGCCCCCAGCCAGAAUGAUGAUUAUGAGCUACAAGGAAGGAACUCUACUCUUCGUCUCAAAGCAGAAAAGCUGGAGAGGGCAUUGAAUUAUCUUGGGAUUCAGCCCACGGAUGAACAGCAGCAAGCCCUAAGGCAGCAACUUCAGAAAGAUUCUAAAGGAACAGUGUCUUUUGGAGAUUUCAUUGAAGUUUCAAGGAAUCUGUUCUCUAUGCAAUUGAAUGCAACAGAUGAUGGCCAAAAAUCUGUAACAUUUGGGGUCAAUGAAAUUGCCAGCUUACUGGAUUCACAGUUUGUAACCUGUGAUUCUUUGGAGGAUGACAUGGAAAGGCUUAAGGAAGAAAGAAAUGAAGCUUUAAAAGAAAUGAGUAAAUUAAAGGAAAAAUUGUCUGAAUCUGUGAAUUUACAGAAACAGUUAACAGAGGAGCUACAAAUAGUCAAGCAAGAAGCCAAGGCAGCUGUAGAAGAGACAAGAGCCCUGCGAAGUAGGAUUCAUCUUGCAGAAGCUGCACAAAGGCAGGCUCGUGGAAUGGAGAUGGACUAUGAAGAAGUAAUUCGCCUAUUAGAAGCUGAAAUUGUAGAGCUGAAGGCUCAGCUCACUGAUCAUUCUGGCCAAAAUAAAGAUAACAUCCAAGACUUGAGAAAGAGAGUUACAGUGCUUGACUGCCAGCUGCGGAAAUCAGAAUCAGCUAGGAAGACCUUUGAGGUGGCUACUGAAAAAUUGCUACAAUUUGUAGAGGUUGUGCAUGAAAUACUUUCAGAUAACUCUACUUCCUCGACAGUUUUAAGUGACAGAAGAACAACAUUGUCUGCUAAAGCACUUCUUGCACGGUUGGGAAGGAUUGGACCUACUGUCACAACAGCUCUUGCAGCAGAAGCGAGAGACCUUGCCAAGUCUGUCCGUGCCAUUUUGGAAGUAGAUUGUCUGCCUUAUGGAUGGGAAGAAGCUUAUACAGCAGAUGGAAUCAAAUAUUUUAUCAACCAUGUGACACAGACAACGUCAUGGAUCCAUCCCGUAACAAGUGCACUAAGCUUGCUUUGCUCUGAGGAUGAUGACGAUGGAAUAAGAGAGCUUCCCAGGUCCAAGAGCUGAGGAUGUCUUUGACAGAAAGUAGUUUGUCUAGUUUCCGCAUGUUAGUGAGGAGACGCACCCUUUUUACUCUACGUACUUUCUAGUCUAAUAUAAUAGUACCUGAUGACAAUUCUCCCCUUCAAGUCAGAGGAAGUUCUGCCAUUUUUUAGGUGGGUUUAUUGAUGGGUGCUACAGAAGAUGCAGGCGCUGCAGAAGUCUCCCCUCAGUCCUUAAUCUGUCCUGGUUUGGUGUGCAGGGAUCAGUCUUAUCUUAGGGCCCAAUCCAGUCUUUUCAUGACUUCUCUAUUGGCAUAACUCCCCUGACCUGAAGUGAAAUUUUCAUAGCUUUGACCAGCAUGAGUGUUAAGAUGGGACCAUUGCUUGUAAUUUCACAUGGCAAAUUCCAGGUCAUGGUUGACUGAAAGAUGCAAGGUGAGCUUUUUCCUUUUUUUAACCAAUGCUAGCGAGUGUAAUGUAGAUGCCUUUUCUUUAACUACUGAAAAAUUUUAUUUUUUUGGAAGAAAUUUGCAAAUAAGUUUUGCUAAUAGAAAUUUAGCAACUUAUUACAAGUAUUGGAGCCCUGAUGACAUUUAAAAAUAAUACUUUAUUAAGGUUGGUGGUUAAGUUUUAGAAAACAGUCUUUGAUAAGUUGUCAAGCAAAAAGAAACGGUUUUGGUAGAGGACACCAUACUCUGUCAACAAUAUGAGGCAAGAAUGAAAAUUAUUCUACUUUUGUACUCUGCUAAACCGAUACAUACAUGCAUCAAAUACUUCAGUGGAAGCUGUGAAGUUUCAAGUACAAUGAAACCUGUGAAACCACCUCCAGGAUCAGCAGAAAUCAGUCACCUCCUCAAAGUUGGUCUUUAAGUAGAACAAAAUCAUUUUGUACACAUUGGCGAUGAUUUAAAGAGGAUAAAGAAAAUGACGGGAGGUGCUAGUGCAAGCUAAUGAACAGGUUUCACUGUACCUCAAUAGCACAGGAUAUUUUAAAUCUCAUUAUUCACAGCACAAUGUAUGAUGUCAGCUUUGUCAAAUAUAUGAUUCUAUGCUACAUUUUUCUGGAGGAUCUUUAUAUAUGUAUGUGUAUGUGUAUAAUAUAUAUGGUAGGUGUUGACUAAUGAAUGAAAGAAAGAGCUGAAACUUUGGAGAAGCACUGAUGAAUACGCCAAAGGAAAACCCUAUCUCUGACCUUCAGUCCAAGAAGCAGAACAGGAUUGUAACAGUGUGAGGAAGGCAGAGGCUGCAAUCUGUUUUUUUCUGAGCAGCAGACUUAAGGAAUUCAGAACCUCCCUGGAAAGGUUCAGGCACGCUGCUGUACGCCAGCUCACCUCUAUUGGCCGAUACAAAGGAAUGAGGCUGUGCAAUCACGUUUUUUUAAGGUCAGUUUUCAGCAGGUGUGGCAUUGGAUUUAAAAAUCCUUGUACUCUGAGGAAUGGAUAUAAAGACCAGACUUAUUUGGAGCUCUGGUGCCUAUGCCACACUCUCUGUCCUCAGCAUUACAGAGCUGUGCCAAGUCAGGCACACUGUAGCUGUUGAUCCUUUGAAUCAAAAAUAAUAUACCUUUUUUUAAAGCCCAAGUCUCUUCUUUGAACGGCAGUGCAGCAAUCUACUGCAUUUGGCCUGUGAGCUGUAGAGCACAUCACCAAAUGUUCUUCCUGGAGGAACAAAGUGCAGCUCACAAAAAAGUUUUUUGCAGGCUUUGCUGGAAGUAGAUGUCAGGAUAUUUUGAAUAAGCAAAUAGGAAAAAUUGUUUUGUACUUUUAACUAGGUCAGAACCAAAUUAUCCAUGAAUCUACACAGGUGGUGUGGAUUAGGAAGAAGAGCUUGCUCAGCAGACCCACAGUAACUUAUAUUUCUAAGAAAACUUCUCAGAGCAGUAACACGUAAAUGUUUUAGCCAUAUUUUGCUCCAGUGGCUCCUACGUGCUUCACAGACUCCUUUGUGUUCCUGGAGAACACGGUCUUGAUGGGACAGAGCAUGUGCUUCAGUUUCAGGGUUGGACACCCUGAAAGCAUUUUUAUUUAAAUCCUUUUUCCUGAAAAUGGCACAGACUCAUGACCCAUAGAGGAUCUAUAACGUUCUGAAUUCCUUGUGGUAUUUGCUGUAGCCUUAGUAGUUGUUUGGAUGCUUUAUGACGGGCACUUUCUGUUCAUACUUCCAUGCUAUCCAGAUUGCAUAUAGAUUCCAUUUUUCCAAUUCUCUUCAAGUGAGGUUUGAAUCUCCACUUGACCCUCACAGUCUUGAUUUAUUCUGCUUGUGGCUUUGUGACAACUAGCUGGGUGUUUCAAAUAGGAGAAGCUAUUUAGGGACAGAGGCUAUGGAUCAGGCAGGCUUCAUGAGCAGAGACUUUAUAGAGACCUAACAGCAAUUUAAAGCUGUCCUUCUGUUAGAUCAGCUGGAGGAGAACAGCUAUGCACAUACUGCUUGCCCUUCCUGGGGAGCUGGUAAUGAUCUCUGGCUCUGAGCAUGCAACGCACAGCCUGCUGUGCACGAGAGGGGGAGAAAUCGAGACAAAAUGUUGGCGAUCUGCCUGCUCUGCUUACUGUCUCCACCCACAGAUGAGAACAUUUCAGAAACUUGGAGACUAUUUCUCCCUCUCUCUUAUAAAUUUGUCUAGAAAUUAAAGGUGUUAGAAAUAGAUCUCUGCAUCUAUCUGGCUUCUUCUCCGGUAAGCAUUACCUCUUCAGAUAAUCUGCUAGUUCAAAUUCUCCAUUAUUGAGACUACAUUUUCAUACCUACAAUCUCCAAAUGUUCUAAUCUAUUUUUGUACACUGGCAUACUUGUUUCCUAGGUUAUUUCUCUCUAUCUCCCCUUGUCUCUUCCUUUCUGUGAAAUAGUUUGUGAAAUUAUUUUGAUUAAGCUGAACUGUGUAUAUUGAGAAAAUGGUUCUAGGAUAACUUAAAAAGAAUUUGUAAAGAGCAGUUGUCAAAAUAUGCAACACUGUAAACAACAACUUUUCAUUUUUAUUCCAGAAUAAAAAAAUGUAAGUGGAAAAGUAA